GGUCGGAAGUCAUUCAGCUCGCUGGGCCGGUUCUUCUUCGGAACUGGAACAAUGCGGGAUGUCUUCCAGAGUGUUGGCACUCUCCCAGUCUGGAGGCUGAGGUUGAAGAUCCGUUGUACUGGUUCCCCCAGUUCUGCAGCGCAGGUCUUCAGUAGUCUUGGACACACUUUGUCUGGGCCUGCAGCUUUCCUGGGUCGGAGCUUCCUCAGCUCUCCUCUGACCUGGUCUGUGGUGAGGUGUGGUCGCGAUGGCGUUGAUAUGGGGGAGGAGGAGGGUGUUGUUGUUGUGUUGUCUAAUAGAGAGAGUGAGGACUGUUUUCAAGGACUUCAAACCAGAUACUCUGUCCGAGGUCCAGGUUGGAAUGGAGGUACAGGUCAGUCAAGUGUUCGACCUCUGACUCAUUGCUGUUUUGGGUGGAGGAAAAGGAGAGGGGUGAAGACGCAUCCCUGAGGAGUCACCAGCUUGUAGAGGUGCUGCUGAGGGCGGGACGGCACCCACAGGCGACUGGUUUGCUCGGAAUGCAAGCUGAUGUUGAUCUAAGAUCAGACUUGAUAGUGGCGAGGAUUUUCUGGUGACAUUUCUUCUCGCCACUUUGUUUUGAUGCCACAGAUUUGAGUGCUCGCCGUGAACACGUAAACCAGAAUCCAAUCUGAACCUCCAAUGUACUCACAAUGGCUCAGCACUCUGACCUGGACUGCAAGCUAAGGUUGGAAAUGGACACUUCACAUCCUGCUCCCGUCAUCAAGAGUCGAGGACAGUGGUCCAGCAAAAUUGAGUUUCUCCUGGCCGUCGCUGGACAGAUCAUUGGUCUGGGGAAUGUGUGGCGGUUUCCUUACCUGUGCUACAAAAACGGAGGAGGUGUGUUCUUUAUUCCAUACGUCAUCUUCCUCUUCACCUGUGGUAUUCCUCUCUUCCUGCUGGAGACAUCACUGGGACAGUACACCAAGCAGGGAAGUAUUACCUGUUGGAGGAAGAUAUGUCCACUUUUUGAAGGUCUGGGAUAUGGGUCUCAGGUGGUGGUCCUGUACUCCAGCAUCUAUUACAUCAUCAUCCUGGCCUGGGCUUUUCUCUACCUCUUCUCAUCCUUCAACUCGCAACUCCCCUGGUCCAGUUGCAGCAACACCUGGAACACAGAGAGGUGUGUGGAGUUUGAUCGGAAUGAUGUUCUGUUAAACGUAACCGUGCCGGCCAAUGCCACAUCACCAGUGAGAGAGUUCUGGGAGAGACGAGUUUUAAAUAUCACCGGAACCAUUGAUGAAUUGGGGGGGAUGCGAUGGGAGUUGGCGCUGUGCCUCCUCCUCUCCUGGGUCAUAUGUUACUUCUGCGUCUGGAAAGGAGUCAAGUCGACUGGAAAGGUGGUGUACUUCACAGCCACGUUUCCGUACCUCAUGUUGCUGGUGUUGCUUGUCCGUGGUCUCACGCUUCCUGGAGCCUUGGACGGCAUCAAGUUCUACCUGUAUCCAGAUCCAACCCGCCUCUUGGACCCGCAGGUGUGGAUGGAUGCCGGAACACAAAUAUUCUACUCCUAUGCUAUAUGUAUCGGCUGUCUGACAGCACUCGGCAGUUAUAAUAAAUACAAUAAUAACUGCUACAGAGACUGUGUGUGCUUGUGCCUUCUGAACAGUGGCACCAGUUUUGUGGCAGGUUUUGCCAUUUUCUCCGCCCUGGGUUUCAUGGCCUUCGAGCAGCAAACGGACAUAGCCACAGUAGCAGAAUCAGGUCCUGGUUUGGCCUUCAUUGCCUACCCUCGUGCGGUGGCCAUGAUGCCGCUCCCUCAGCUCUGGGCGGUGUUCUUCUUCGUCAUGAUCAUCCUGCUGGGACUGGACAGUCAGUUCGUAGGACUUGAAGCGAUGGUGACGGCCAUCUCCGACAUGAAACCUUCCUUCUUCCACGUGGGCCAUCGCCGUAAACUUCUGCUGCUGUUCAUCAGUGUUUUCUGUUUCCUCAUUGGCCUCAUCAUGGUGACAGAAGGCGGCCUCUACAUCUUCCAGCUGUUCGACUACUACUGCUGCAGUGGAAUGACUCUCCUCCUCUUCGCCAUCCUGCAGUCUGUGUCAGUCGCUUGGGUCUAUGGAGCGGAUCGUUUCUAUGACAACAUUGAGGACAUGAUAGGAUACAGACCAGCGCCGCUCAUCAAGUACUGCUUAAAGUUUAUCACCCCAGUCAUCUGCAUGGGAACCUUCAUUUUCUUCCUGGUUAAGUUCACCCCACUGAAAUUUAACAACACCAUGGAAUAUCCCUGGUGGGGCACCACGCUGGGCUGGUGGUUCACACUCUCCUCAACACUCAAUGUUCCCCUGUGGAUGCUCUAUAAUCUGUGGAGAACACCGGGAACAUUACGACAGAGAUUUGCCACCUUGUGCACUCCGUCCGACGACCUUCCUCUGUGCAAGAAGAGGAAGAAAGCACUUGAAGUGGAAAGCUUGGCCUUGAAACCUUCAUCGGCUUUGUGAGAACUUUAGCCUCACAGCUCAGACAGUUCUCACUUGUGCUCUCUAAAUCAGCAAAGUUUGAUCCACGGUGUAAAUGUGCUUUAUCUGACUUUAAUCUUAACCAACAAACUACUGGACUUACUCGCAGACAGGAGCAGCUACGCUUUACUAGCAGGGUUCUGGACGGGGGCUUUAAAGACGCACUCUUGCCCAAACAUAAUCGCAUCAUGCCAACUUCUAUUGAGGAAAGCCUGUAAACAUAUGUUGAUGUGACAGUAGCCAUGGUGCGUCUCGAGGGGAGUUGCUUGGCGCCAGUGAGUGGUGCCCAGUCAGAAACAUCCAAACAGUGUGAAGCCUGUUCGAGGGCUCACAGAACUGUGACAUCCAUUACAGCCAGGUAACUACUAUAUCAGUGCCAAAAAAACCUGAUCAAUGAAAAUAAACUUGGAGAUAAAAAUGAAUGUGAAUGAAUGAAUGAUUGUGUGAGAGUGAAACAAGACCAGGAUGAUAAACAAGGAAUUCAAUGGCGCUCAAUGGCUUGGAUAAGGUUCUAAGGGUUGAGUGCUCGACUAGUCUGAGAAAUUUUGGGAUGUCAAAAUAGAAGUGACCAAGUUUACUUGGAAAAACGAAUUGUAUUUCUUCUGAUACAGUGGCUUAUGGUAUUGAGGAAAUCAUGGCGUGGUCCAUAAAUGAUCAAUGAGGGGGCUUUAACUCGGACGGCAGUGUUCUCAGCACUGGUCAUUUAUAUGCGAGGGUGGAGUAGAACUGCCAGCCCUUUUCACUGGCUGCUGUCUAACUUGUUUGUUGGUCACCAUCUUGAUGUCUACGUCAAUUGUUGAAAAUUUGCUUCAGCUAAAUGAGUCCCACAACUGUGAACUGUGACGCAUUCGCAGAACAGUGAGUUGCAUCUGUAUAGAAGGUUUGUUUGAAAUGAUUCAUACAUAUUUUUUUAUUACAUUUUCAGUGCUUCAUUUUUGGUACAAAUCAAUCUGGUCACUAUAAUAUGUUGAUCAGGUCCUGAGGCUCAGAGAGGCAUUUAAGAUAAUAUUUCAAUAUACAUUUUAAGAACAAGGUUUUUUUUUUUAUUUCAACUAUUAUUGUUACUUUUAUGUCUUUUAUGUCCUCUGAACUGUGUGGCAGUUGACAAAAUGUGAAGAGAAGCUGAGCUUCGGAAAAGAUUGAAAAACAUUUGUCUGGUAAUUCUGAGAAAUUGAAUAAAAUCAUGGAAAAGAGAUUGUGAUAAAAAUCUAAACAGUUAUUUAAAAAUUGCCCUGUAGCCAUUUUUGAACAAAUACAGUUUAGACUAUUUGUUUCUGCAAAUAACAUGCUAAAAUGGCUGAGUGCCGGUAGCUACGACUUUUCACAAAUUAAAAGGUACUUUCUACGUGGCACAAUGGCCCUUUGGCCGAGGUUCCUUUGGUGGUGAGUGGUGGUUUUUCCUUUUCUUGAAUAAGGGUUGAAAAACACUGAUCGAACCUUGUCAUCAUGAGCAGUUGAUUAUGUUCCAUCAAUGUGUUUGUAUGAUUGUGAUAUAUUGAUGCCAGUUGUUUGGCUGACAAUUUUUAUCAGGUGAAUAAAUUUUU